GUGAAAAGUUCUUUUGCUGAUUCUUUGUGUAAAAAAAAAAUAGUUGUUAGUGAUGAGGUUUAAGUUUUUACUUUUGUUCUCAUUGCUGUUGAUAUUAAUAAUCAUCAGUCAGCCUAGUCAGUCAACAUCAGUCAACAAGAAAAAUGAUGUUAUCCUUGCAUUUAUUUAUGAUGCCGAAGAAAUAGCCUCGUCGGUUCGCUUGGAUAUUGAACAAUUAGACAAGGAUACGGGUGAAUUUGAUAAUGCAAAGAUCCGCGAUAAUCAGCUCAAAGUUCUGGAACAUUUUAAGAACAUCAGCACUCUCGUUCAUCAGAUUGAAGAGGACCACUUACCAAAAUCUAAAGUAGAUACGCUCUUUGAUUUCAUGAAGUCUGAUUAUUUGAAACUGUUCAGAAAACUUAUUUCUAAGUUUAAUAAAAUGGAAAAGUGGGAAAAGACCGAUGAUAAGUCACUUAUUUCUUUUGCUGAAGAAAUACAACGGAUUAGUGUCAAAAGACCUGUAUACGAAGACUUUUAUUGGGAUCUGUGCUAUACUCGGAAUAGUUUCGAUAGUAUUUUCACGAUAAACAAAACACGUGAGUUUAUUGAGAGGCCUUUAAAUAAAGUGUGUAAUACUAUGCAGUCCGCCCAACAACUUAUCUAUACAUUGUAUAAGCAAGUUACUAUAUCUGAACUAAAGGGAUAUAUAUUAAACGAGUACUCACUGGUGAUUCGACGCGUUUCUGGCCAAGGCUCCUUUUCUACAGAGGCAAAUCAAAUUCGCAACAACUAUGACAACAUUACAGAAAAUUCAUAUAAAUCACUCGUUAAAGCUCUGAGACUAGCUACUGGCCGCGUAUUUCGUUGUGAUCCUAAAAAACAUAAAUACCAGGUUACCUACGAUGAAGUAACACGACUGAUUCAAGGAUAUGUUGAGAACGAACGUUAUCUAAAUAGUGAUGGCUCCUGCAGUGAGCACUGUGCGGAUUAUCAGAACACAACUAGAUCAGGCUGUUCUGAAGAUGAACUAUGCGCUAAACAACCUCAAUGUUCAGGUAGAAUCUACAAUUGUCAGUUUAUCGAAUCCGAUAUGUCAGUAUGUCAAUCACCUACAACUAGUAACCGUCGCUAUGAUUUCAUUAAAUACGGUGACGGAGCAUUGGGUCAGGACAGGGGCUGUUGGCGUAACAUCGAUCAUGUGGAGAGCUGGCGUAGAUGGCUUAUUCACACAUGCAACUACUGUUUCUGCUUAUGUGAUGAACCGGGUCCACUUUCUGAUCGUUAUUUUAAUCUACGGGAAACCUUAUCGGAUGUGAAUGCAAACAAAGUGAUGACUGGAAUUAGAUUUGUGAAGAAGAAUCGUGUUUUUCAUUUGCAAAUACAACAGGGAAAACUUCUGCCACGCGGUAUGAUCGAUGAAGCAACUUUGGAGUGGGUUCCUGUCGAUGAUUACAAUAUCAACGAUCCCAAUGUUGUGGAUGGACUCGACUAUCACACAUUGACCUAUCAAAACCGCGCUGUAGAUCUAGAUGAGUUAGAGAAAGAAGAUGACAUAACAUUUGUGGUAACUGGAGUGCGCUUUCAAGUGCUGGAUGGUCAUCUAAGUUUAAAAGUGCGUUACAGUAAAUUCGAUUUUCUAAAGGGCGAAUUAGUCGAUCCACAAGUCAACAGUAUUUGGGAAUGGGAAGACGGUGAAGAAGAGAGAACAAAACUAGACCUUAGCAAUCCGGACUUACCAACACGAUCAACAAAGAUGCCAAGCGUAACUAUCAAAAAGAAGCAAUACGUGGAGUUUGUGAAUACAGAUAUGUACAAGGAUGCGGCACAAGCAACAGUUCCGUUUAUCGAUAUACAGGACAUCGUAUCUGACCCUCCAUUGCCCUUAAUCGGCCUCGGUCUCUUCCAUAAAGGUGAAUGGGGAUAUGGCGGUUUUUUAACUACCGAAAUCAUAAAUAUUAAUAUUACAUCGUAUAUUCCUGUACGAAAGAUUGAUCCUAAAUAAUAUUUUAUCUUUUGCUUUAAAAGUCUUUUUAUGUAAAAAAUAAAAAAAAAACCUUUUUUAAACUGCCUUAUUAAAUACAUUUCU